GAACCAUUUAAUAGCUGAUGAUUGCAGCCAUCAAGAGAGUCUGUAUCCACUACCAAAAGUUGCUGCACUUGCGUACAGUGUCCAAGAUGGCGUCAGGAUCAGAGGCUGUAUUAGCACCACUCAGACAAGCAGUCAAGGAGCAGGGUGCUGUUGUUCGUAAACUUAAAGAAGGAGGAGGUCCCAAGAGUGAAGUGACUGCAGCCGUUGCACAACUCAAGGCUUGUAAGAAAGCUCUCGAGAACAAAGAGAAAUCUCUGUCCCCUCCAACAAAGUCAUUGUUUGAUAAGGCUGGUUUGGAGGAUCUCAUGAAGAGGCGCUUCUUUGUGGCUCCAUCUUUCUCCAUAUAUGGAGGAGUGGCUGGCCUGUAUGAUUAUGGUCCCCUGGGCUGCACUAUGAAGAACAACCUGUUGUCUCUCUGGAAGGCUCACUUUGUGGAAGAGGAGGACAUGCUGCAAGUAGAGUGUUCCACACUUACUCCCGAGGCUGUUCUCAAAGCUAGUGGCCACGCUGAACGGUUUUCUGAUCUCAUGGUCAAAGAUUUGAUAACUGGAGAAUUCUUUAGAGCAGACCAUUUACUGGAAGAGCAUUUGGAGAAGCUGUCCUCCAAAGCAGCUCCUGAUAAGAUCAAGGAAUAUCAGGAGGUCAUCAGAAAGGUGGAUGGUUACAACAAGGAGCAGCUAGGGGCUAAGCUCACAGAGUACAGUGUAACUGCCCCCCUCACUAACAACCCCAUCUCAGCCCCAGUGGAGCUCAACCUCAUGUUUGGCACCUCCAUUGGACCUAGUGGACAGUUGGCAAGCUUUCUUCGUCCUGAAACAGCACAAGGAAUAUUUGUCAACUUCAAGCGCUUGUUAGAGUUCAACUAUGGCAGGCUGCCAUUUGCUGCUGCUCAGAUUGGGAAAGCAUUUCGUAACGAGAUUUCUCCGCGAUCUGGAAUACUGAGAGUGAGAGAAUUUGAAAUGGCAGAAAUAGAGCAUUUUGUUAAUCCAGAGAAACGCAAUAAGUUCCCAAAGUUUGACAAAGUAGCUGAUCUUCGACUGACAUUGUACAGUGCCACUGAUCAAAUAGAGGGCAACUCUCCAAAAGCACUCCGCCUCGGAGAUGCCGUGGAACAGGGGCUGGUGGCUAAUGAGACCCUGGGCUACUAUAUGGGACGUAUCCACGAGUUUCUGUUGAGAGCUGGUAUUAAUGUAGAGCACUUGAGAUUCCGCCAGCACAUGUCUACAGAGAUGGCCCAUUAUGCCAAGGAUUGCUGGGAUGCAGAAUGCAAGACCUCUUAUGGGUGGGUGGAGUGUGUGGGAUGUGCAGAUCGCUCGUGCUAUGAUCUGGAGAAACAUGCAGCAGCUACUAAAGUGGACCUUUGUGCUAAAGAGCAGCUACCAGAGCCUCGUCUGGUUGAGGUGGUUGAAGCACUACCAGACAAAGGAGCCAUUGGCAAGAAGUUCAGGAAAGAUGCUAAAGCUCUUCUUGAGUGGUUAGCAGGACAAGAGAGAGAAGCCAUGCAGAAACUGGAGUCCCAGCUUAGUAUGGGAGCAGCUACAGUGACUGUGGGGGGUAAUGAAUUCACAUUGGAGCCAGCCAUGAUCAAGUUCAAGACCUAUCAGAAAGAAGUUCACACUGUAGAUGUGGUACCAUCAGUGAUUGAGCCUUCGUUUGGAGUAGGGAGAAUCUUGUAUUGUGUACUGGAGCAUAACUUGAAUGUACGUGAGGGUGAUUCCCAACGUGUGUGGUUGUCCCUACCACCAGCCAUUGCUCCCAUUGCUUGCUCUGUGCUGCCACUCAGUGGAAACACACAGUUCCAACCCUACAUUGACACCAUUGUGAAGGAGCUAAAGGUUGCUCGUGUCUCCAUCAAGGUUGAUGAUAGCAGUGGUUCCAUUGGACGGAGAUAUGCUCGUACAGAUGAAGUGGGUGUGGCUUAUGGCGUCACUGUGGACUUUGACACUCUAACUAGUUCUAGUGUUACCCUCAGAGAGAGAAACUCUAUGAGACAAGUGCGGGUCAAGAUGGGUGACUUGUGUUCGGUGGUGCGUGGGCUAGUGGAUGGUGACAUGACAUGGGAACAAGUGGAGGGGAAGUACCCACUCUUCACUGGACAAGAAUCUACCAACUAAUUAUAUACAAUCAAACUAUUUCUAAUUAUUAAUCAUUUACUGGUAUGGAUGUCGAGGUCAAUAAUUAUCAUCAAACGAAUUAAAAAUUUGAAAGAACAAAUUAAAUAUCAAUAAAGCUAUGUUAGCUUUCAUGUUC